AAAAUAUUUAGUUUUAAGAGCUUUUUUGUUUCUCUGAGUGUUUUUCAUGGUAUCCUGUUAUAAACUUAUAAUAUCUUCUCUCAUCUAUAAUUAAUCUAUUUAUUCUUUAAAAUGUAUUAUGUAAAAAUGUGAUAUGUAGUAUUACUAUUAUAUAUUCAUUUUUAAAAUAAAAGUGAGUCACGGGGAAGUUAAAAACUUGUACAAGGUUGUAUAGCUUGUAAAGGGCACUUAAGGCCUAGCCUACUGUUUAUCUUAUAAUAAGAAUACAUAUUUCAUACAGUUACUAUUAAGAUUAAAUGGGUAAAUACACAUGAAGCACUUAGAAAAAUGGGUGGUAUGGAAUAAAUUCUAAAUAAAUAUUAGCUCUUACUAGACUUUAUUUCUCUGUGGAUAUUAAUCAGAUAUUUUCAAAGGCUUUCUUCUGUUUUCUGUAUUUGUCUAUCAUUGUUCCUUUUUUUUUUUUUUGGUAGAUAGUUUCUAUUUUAUGUUGUAAGCAUUUCCUUAAAUGCCUUGUGGUCCUUGGCUAUCUUCUCAUAUUUUAGAAGGAUGACAUAUCAAAAUGCUGACAGUUGACUUUUUGUGAGUGAACAGGGCCUGCUGAUGGCAGGGCUUUAUUCUAAUGUAAUCAUGCGGGUAAGGCAAUUACCUUGGGAGACCCCCAAAUGUCAGUAUGUGUAAGUCUUUAUUUGGGAUGUUCAUAUUCUCUGAGUUAGAAUUUUAUAACAUCCGCUGUGUGGAGGUGGGAUGGGACUCAGGCAUAUACUUUGUAUUCUACAAUCUGAAAACAGUGCAUAUGAAGGGGCUAGAAGUCUCACCAUUCAGAAUGCAAAGUUUUGCUACUCUCCCUACCUUUAGUUUCACACUUUACAUUGUGCUCAAUUCUGUCUGGGUCUUCAAGAGUAGAGAAAGUCCCAUUUAAUUUUUCCAGAGAAUAAACUUUUCAUUCUCUGGCCCUGAGUUACUUUUCUGUCUAUGUAGGAUGGUGAAAGGAACAGAGAAUUCAACUCUCCCUUAUAUAUACCUCCAACUAAUAACUUUUUUUUCAGUCCUUAACUGACUUCAGUCUUAUUACGCAUCUGGUUCCUCCAAAUCUUUUACCUAAAUGAGAUUCUGUGGACAAAACCCACUAGUUUCUUGUGAGUAUCUUCAAUGCAGGAACUUCAGACAUUUCUUGGAACUAAGUCAAUUGCUCUUUCAUGUGUUUCCUGUUAUCAAAAAAUAGCUAUUCACUUGUGCAUUCUUAGUCUUUGUUAGCUCUUUUCAUUUUUAUUACUUUUCUGUCAAUUUAGUGGGUAUUUUAAAAGGAGGGAGGAUAACUCUAUAUAGUCAAAUUUUCAAUUUCUACUUUUCUGUACCAAUUUUUCAACCAUAUAUCUAGCUUGCAUUUUUAAGAACAUUAUUUGAACUUAACAUUUAAAAAAUGCAAACUUGUUAGAUCCCUCCUCCACCCAUUCUUAGGGUACUUUAAGAUCUUCUAUAGUGGACAUCGUUGAUGAGAUCCUAGCAUCUAUUCCAAACAAUUUCCCUCAUUAUGCAGCAACAAUGUGCUUUGGCUAGUACUGAAACCACCGCAAGCUUAAAAGGUAGUCUGAGACAGGAUUAAACUAAAGUAAGGGCCAAAGAUAGGUCUUUGGAUUUUGGAACUAAAAUCUCUACCUAUAAUUCUAUACAUCUUGAAACAAUGAUUGCUUUGGUGGCAGACACAUGUUCUUAGUUGGUCUAAUCAGAGUGAAAAUUACAUUUGGGGAAAGAAUUUCUCUCACUUUCACUUCCUGGGUGGAAAGAGAAAGCAGAUUUCCAUAGUUGAUGCUAGAAUAAAUCCUUGGAACCUGGGAGAAGCCAGCUUUAGGAGUAAGAGUCUGCUUUAAAUGAAACUAACAUGUUCAUGCUUGUGUACUUAGGAAAUUUUCUGUAAAUUAUGAAAAACUGGAACUAAAUUAUGGACCUAUUUAAUGUGUUCCACCCUAUAUCUUCCUUCAUUAUCUACCACUUCACAAUUCAUCGUUAUUAAGGAAAUCAUUGUUAUUAAAAAUAUAUCUUCUUGUGCUGUAGAAACUAUUUAAAUGUCUCAUCUCAUGGUUAAUUCACUUUCAUAACUUCUGAAACGACCCAACUAUGUUUGCCCUUUCUCUUACCACCUAAGGAAGGCCAAGUAGUGAUGGAAAUUUAUUCAGAUUAACAAUCAGUUAUACCCUCCUGGUUUUGGGAUAACUAUUUUCUCAGAAAGAUUACAAACUCCCCGGGACCAGGAAUCUCAUCUUGUAUGUCUGUCUAUUCACCGCAACCAAGUACAAUUGUUUGUGUGGAGAGUGGGGAAAGAUACUGAAUAAAUGCUUUAAAACAAAUACAAACAUCAUCACAAACUAUAAAAAAUAUAAAACAAUUGUUCUGAAAUAUAGGAUAUAUCUGUAAUUGCUUAAACACAAUGGAUGACUUAAAUACAGUAUUUGUUUCUGGGGAACAUUUAUGUCAACGAAAUGUAGGUAGCUUUCAUCAAACUGUGAAAACCUGUGGAGACGCAUGGUGGCGCUGCAGGAUAAUAUCGCGAAAAAACUUACUCUGGCUGAUGCCGUGGACCCUGUUACCCAGCGCGCACAGAGAAUUGGGAAGACAGACACGCCUUCAAGGGAUAACCUAGUAGCCAUUCAGCGGGGUUAAACUCCUCGGGCUUACCUUCUGAUCUGGUGGACAGAUCAGGGAGGCACAUUUCCCAGAACUGGGAAGUGGAGCUGAAGCGAUUCUGCAAGAAGCACUCGGGGAAGGAGCUAUGGAGAACGGAGGGGCAGGCACUCUGUGGAUAAGGCAAGUCCUGCUUCUCUUUGUUUUGCCGGGAAUGUCUCAGGUGGGCUCCGAGCCUGGGCGCUUUUUGGUGGCUGAGGAAAUGCAGAGCGGAAGCUUUGUCGGCAAUGUGGCAAAGGACCUGGGACUGGAGGUGGCCGAGCUGUCUGCGCGGGGAGCUCGGGUGGUCUCUAAUGAUAACAAACAGCGUUUGCGGUUGGACACAAACACUGGGGAUUUGCUGUUAAGCGAAACGCUAGACCGGGAGGAGCUCUGCGGCUCCGCCGAGCCUUGUGUACUGUAUUUCCAGGUGUUGAUGAAUAAUCCCAUGCAGUUUUUACAGAUUGAACUUGAGGUCAGGGAUAUAAAUGAUCACUCUCCUGUAUUCUUGGAAAAAGAAAUGCUCUUAGAAAUCCCAGAGAAUAGUCCUGCUGGUGCUGUGUUCUUGCUAGAAAGUGCAAAGGAUUUAGAUGUAGGUGUCAAUGCUGUAAAAAGCUACACAAUAAGCCCCAACUCUCAUUUCCACAUUAAAAUGAGAGUCAAUCCAGACAAUAGGAAAUACCCAGAGUUAAUUCUGGACAAGGCUCUGGAUUAUGAAGAGGAGCCCGAGCUCAGUUUCAUCCUCACUGCUGUGGACGGUGGGUCCCCUCCCAGGUCUGGGACAGCCUUGGUUAGGGUGGUGGUCGUGGACAUUAAUGACAACACCCCCGAGUUUGAGCAGACGUUUUAUGAGGUGAAUAUUCCAGAAAACAGUGUACUUGGCUCACUAGUUGUCACCGUCUCGGCUUGGGACUUAGAUUCUGGAAUAAAUGGGGAAAUAUCAUAUACCUUUUCCCAUGCCUCGGAAGAAAUUCGCAAGACAUUUGAAAUUAAUCAAAAGUCAGGGGAAGUUAGUUUAAAAGCAUCCUUGGACUUUGAAGCAAUGGAUUCAUACUCAAUAAUCAUUCAAGCCACAGACGGGGGAGGACUGUUUGGAAAAUCAACAGUCAGAAUUCAGGUGAUGGAUGUGAAUGACAAUGCUCCUGAAAUAGCCGUGUCAUCAAUUACCAGUCCAAUCCCAGAAAAUUGGCCUGAAACUGUGGUUAUGGUUUUUAGUAUCCGAGACAAAGACUCUGGGGAAAAUGGAAAGAUGGUUUGUUCUAUCCCGGAAGAUCUCCCAUUCCUGCUAAAAUCUUCAGUUGAGAAUUACUACACGUUGGAAACUGAGAGCCCACUAGACAGAGAGAUUAGAGCCGAGUACAACAUCACCAUAACCGUCACGGACUUGGGGACACCCAGGCUGAAAACUGAGUACAGCAUAACUGUGCUAGUAUCAGACGUCAACGACAACGCCCCCGCCUUCUCCCAACCCUCCUACACUCUGUUCGUCCCCGAGAACAACAGCCCCGCCCUGCACAUCGGCAGCGUCAGCGCCACAGACAGAGACUCGGGCUCCAACGCCCAGGUCACCUACUCGCUGCUGCCGCCCCGCGACCCGCACCUGCCGCUCGCCUCGCUGGUCUCCAUCAACGCGGACAACGGGCAGCUGUUCGCCCUGAGGUCGCUGGACUUCGAGGCCCUGCGGGCGUUCGAGUUCCGCGUGGGCGCCGCAGACCGAGGCUCCCCCGCGCUGCGCAGCGAGGCGCUGGUGCGCGUGGCGGUGCUGGACGACAACGACAACCCGCCCUUCGUGCUGUACCCGCCGCAGAACGGCUCGGCGCCCUGCACCGAGCUGCUGCCCAGGGCGGCAGAGGCCGGCUACCUGGUGAGCAAGGUGGUGGCGGUGGACGGCGACUCGGGCCAGAACGCCUGGCUGUCGUUCCAGCUGCUCAAGGCCACGGAGCCCGGGCUGUUCAGCGUGUGGCCGCACAAUGGCGAGGUGCGCACCGCCAGGCCGCUGGGCGAGCGCGACGCGGCCAGGCACAGGCUGGUGGUGCUGGUGAGGGACAGUGGCGAGCCCGCGCUGUCUGCCAGCGUCACGCUGCACGUGCUGCUGGUGGACGGCUUCUCGCAGCCCUACCUGCCGCCGCCGGAAGCGGCCCCGGCCCAGGCCCAGGCCGACUCGCUCACCGUCUACCUGGUGGUGGCCUUGGCCGCGGUGUCGUCGCUCUUCCUGUUCUCGGUGCUGCUGUUCGUGGCGGUGCGGCUGUGCAGGAGGGACCGGGCGGCCUCGGGGGGUCGCUGCUCGGUGCCUGAGGGCCGCUUUCCGGGCCACCUGGUGGAUGUCAGCGGCACGGGGACCCUGUCCCAGAGCUACCAGUAUGAGGUGUGUCUGACGGGAGGAUCAGGGACCAGCGAGUUCAAAUUCUUAAAGCCGGUUAUCCCUAAUUUCCAGUCACAGGGCACUGGGAGGAAUAGUGAAGAAAAUCCCAUGUUUUGAAAUAUCUUUGGGUAUCAUUUUCAGUAAAAAUCUGUGUAUAUUUUCACGUACUUUUGUAAUGUUAUACAACCAUAUCAAUAUUAAUUUUAAACUAGUUAUGCAAUUCAAGUAAUUUUUAAUUACUACAUAUCUACAUUUUUCAAUGUUAUUUUAUCCCUUUUUGCAUUAAUUAACAACUAGUUUUGAUUGAAUGAGUACCUAUUUCUAAAAAAUAAUUUCAAGGUUUGAAUCCUUUCCAAGUGUACAAGGAUUUGUUUAUUAUCAUUUCUCAUUCUGGAAAACUGAAGUUUUGAUUUUUCUCCUAGUAUGUUUCCGAGACUCAAUCUCAUGGUCCUAACCACCUGUCUAUUGUACUUCCUUCUUGUGAGAAGUCAUAUCUGCCCUUGGAAGCUUAUUCUAACGUUCUAUUUAUUCAUUUAAAAAGCAAUGCCAUCUAAUUUUAAAUCCCAACAUUAGAAAGAAAUAUUUCUUUAUUAAUAUGGUAGAUAUUUCAUGGUAGAUGAAAUGUUAUUGUAUGAUCAAUAUUGGACUCCAAUAAUAUCUUUGUGUUUGUAUUAUUUUCUUUUCUUUAAAUAUACUGUUCUUAUUUGGCUAAUAUUUUCUAUGUUCUCUUUUGUUGAUUAUAUAUAUAUAUGUGUAUAUAUAUAUGCACACAGAUUGUGUCUCAUAAUCCCCGCAAAAUAAUAUACUGCAUGAAAAUAAAUGCACAUUUUGAAACAUUUUGAAAAUUUGUGUGUGAAAAUAUUGGUGGACUGUUGGAAAGAUAUUGACUUUUCAUUUUAUUUUAUAAAUGUAUUUAAUUACUGUCAAAUUUUAAAUUAAGAUGAACUAAAUGUUACAAAGAAAAACAAUAGUUUCUUCAAUCUCUAGUGUAUUUCAUUGGAGUGACUUCUAGAAUUAUCUCAAUAUUUCUAAAUAUGUGUUUACUAUUAUAUCUUGACAUUCAGUUUUAUACUUUAAUCACUUCUUGCUGCUAGAAAACAAAGAUUUAACUUUCUCUGUAACUAACAACAUAUGUGUGGACACUGUAUAUUCUCUUUCUCCUAUUCUCCCAAUAGAAUUGCUAGUUUUUAAAAAGUUGAACUAGUCUUGUUAGUAUCCAUAAUGCUAAGAUUUCUUCAAUAUAUGCAUUAGAGUAGAAUGAUUACAUUUCUUGAAAAUAUUUUUCCUAGAACUGAAAAUUGUUUUGUACUUGCAUAAUUUUCUAUGUCCUGCUAUUGAUGUUUUACAUUAUCUCUCAUUUGAAUUUCAAUCUUUCUCCAUAAAAUAUUCAAAUGUGUCAGAUACAUAUCAAUUAUGUUUAUUUCUUAGAGCUCUUUCACCUAGAUCUCUGCUUCAUUUACAUUUGUUGUUCUAAAGGUUGUCACCCUAUGACUUUUUUAAAAAAUAUAUUUCUGUGCUGCUCUCCUUUUACAAGCUCUAGUAUGUUCUUAGUUUACUCCCUUAUUUAGCUGAUACAUAUCUCUCCAUACCUUCAUAAAAAUGGAUGCAGAGAAAGUAAAUCUUUUUGAAAGCUUGCAUUAGGAAAUUAUCUUCUUUUCAUUUCAGUUGACUGAUAGUUUGAUUGGGUAUAAAAUUAUAGGUUGAAAAUACUUUUCCCUCAGGUUUCAAAAGCACUGUUACUUUUAUUGACUGCAUAUAGAGUUGUUCAGAAGGCUGAUUCCAAUGUCUUUUUGUGUGAUCCCUUUUUUUUCUUUCUUUCUUUCUGGAAGCUUUGAUAAACUUUCCCUGAUGUUCUCAAAAUACCUUAGUACUGGCUAUUUAUAUAUUUAUUAAAUUAAUGUGGUCACAUGAAUGUGCCCUAUAAAUAUAUAUAUAUAUUUUGAGAUGAGGUCUCACUCUGAUUGCCCAGUCUGGAGUGUCAUGGCUAUUCACAGGUGCAAUCAUGCACACUGCAGCCCCUAACUCCUGGCCUUAAUAAGGACUCCUGCCUCAACCUUAUGAGUAGCUGAGACUACAGGGAUGUGCCACCACUCCUGAUUGUUUAUACUACCAUUUUCAGUUCUGAGAAAUUUUCUUGGUAUGUUUUACUCAUAAUUUCUCCCUAGAGUUUUCUGCAUUCUCACUUUAACCAAAACCUCAGUUAGAUAUUAGAUUUCCUAGAUUGCUUCUAUAAGACUCUAAGCUUUUUUCCCUUUCUUAUUUUCUAUGUCUUUACCACUUUUCCCAUUUUUUGGACAAUUUAUU